AUGUCUCCCGCGCAAACAUAUGACUUUGUGGUUGUUGGAAGUGGCCCUGCAGGCAGCGCCCUCGCUGCAGGCUUAGCACAGUCGGCAGCCCGCCCUCAAGUCCUUCUCCUCGAAGCCGGUGACGACAAACGGGACCGCAACCUGCGAGUGGACGGUCAAAGAUGGAUAACAUUUCAGAACCAAGAUAUGAACUGGGGUUACAAGACCACGCCUCAGGACGAUUGCAACAACCGUGAAAUUGACUAUAGCCGAGGUCACUGCAUGGGUGGAUCAAGUGCCAUCAAUUUCGGCGUGUACAGCGUCGGAGCCCGCGAUGACUAUGACGAGUGGGCGCGCAUCACAGGCGACGGUACCUUUGCUUGGAACAACAUGCACCGACGAUUCAAAGAGUUAGAGACGUUCCACGGAGAGCUACCCCACGGCGUGUCCAAAAGGUACGCCGAUCCGAAAGCUGAAGAUCAUGGAAGUAAGGGCCCGUUGCAUGUUGGAUAUGCAAAGGAAUGGGAACGGGAUUUGACGGAAUUGUUGGACGUCUUUGAGGAGGCAGGAUUUCCAUUGAAUCCUGACCAUAAUUCGGGAAAUCCAAUCGGCAUGUCCGUACUGAUCAACUCGGCUCACAAUGGCAUCCGAUCGACUGCGGGCGACUUUGUGAAGGAGAAGCUCGACAAUCUGACCAUCGUCACGGGCGCGCCGGUGCAACGAGUUCUCUUGGAGGGUACCAAGGCAAUUGGUGUCGAGGUCAAGGGAGACAAAUAUUUUGCCUCCAAAGAGGUUGUCUUAAGUGCGGGCUCACUUAACGACCCCCGAAUCCUGAUGCAUUCCGGUAUUGGCCCAGCUUCCCAGCUGAAACAAUACAAUCUGCCCGUUGCUCUCGACGUGCCGGGUGUCGGUCAAGGUCUUCGUGACCACUGCUUUGUGCCACUCGUAAACACUCGCACGGAAACAAGUACACAGCGAAAAGCCUUUUAUGGGGACAAAGCCGCCAUGGAUGCAGCCUUGAAACAAUGGCAAGAAGACGGCACCGGGCCGUGGGCUAAAUUCGCCUGUGAGAUAGGCAUUGGAUGGUUCAAGCUGGGAGAGAAGCUCGUGUCUUCGCCUGAAUUCCAGGGUCUUCCUCGAGAGGAGCAAGAGUACCUCCUUCGAGAGACGAUCCCCCAUUAUGAGAUCAUCACUCACUUCCCCAUCCAUUGGUUCAUCCCGGACUUCCCCACCGAGGCCCUGGAUUAUUCGUGUCUGCUGGUUUUCUUAUACAAUGCGCAGACCCGCGGACAGGUCACCUUACAGUCAUCUGAUCCCGAUACACCCUUGGCCUUUGACCCCAAAUUUCUGGCCCACCCAUUUGAUCGCCGCCUCGCGAUCGAGGCUUUGCGUGAUUCGUUCCGCAUUGCGAAACACGAGGCAUACACCAAGGACAAUGUCGCAGCUCUGGCCAUGCCUACGGGUGAGUCGGACGAGGAGCUGUUGGAGUAUUGGCGACAAAACAUCAGCUCCAGCUGGCACAUGACGGGCACCGUGAAAAUGGGUCAAAGGGGCGAUCCGGACGCUGUAGUGGACCCGGACUUCAGGGUGAUGGGGAUUGAGAACUUGCGGGUUGCCGAUAUGGCCGUUGUACCCGUUUUGGUGAAUGCCCACAUCCAGGCUUGUGCCUAUAUCACCGGCGCAACCUGCGCGGAGAAGUUGAUUGAGGAAUAUCACCUAGCUUAA